CACGGUCGUUUCUCCGGUGUUUCAUUGCUGCACUAGUAGUGCUUGUUCUUGAUAUUGCUCUUUCUUUAUCUUCCUCAAACUAUAAUAUCCGCACGCUCUUGACAGUCUCUCGUUCAUACCUGUUCCGCAAUGAGGGUCAACCCUUUGCUCCUGGCCACCACCCUGGGUGUCAUGAGCGGUGUCCUUGCGGCACCUGCUCCCGCCCUAGUUCAGCGUGGUGUAGAGUUAUCUGGGUCCUUUGGCGGUGACCAUGACUGGGACUGGGGCCACGGUGGAGGUGGUCACGGUGGUCACGGCGGUCACGGCGGUCAUGGCGGUCAUGACGAUGAUGACGAUGAUGAUCACGACUGGGAGCCUCCCACAACCACUCCCUGUGAGACAGAGACGGAAACUCCUCCGCCAGAGACCACUCCAUGCGAGACGGAAACUGAAGACGCCUCCUCCAGAGACCACUCCAUGUGAGACUGAAACGGAGACUCCUUCAACGGAGUCUCCUCCGCCAGAGACCACUCCAUGCGAGACAGAGACACCUCCUCCUUCAACUGAGACUCCUCCUCCAGAGACCACUCCAUGCGAGACAGAGACGCCUCCUCCUUCAACUGAGACUCCUCCUCCAGAGACCACUCCAUGUGAGACUGAAACGGAGACUCCUCCUUCGACCGAAACUCCUCCACCUGAGACUACUCCAUGCGAGACAGAGACGCCUCCUCCUUCAACUGAGACUCCUCCCCCAGAGACAACUCCAUGCGAGACAGAGACGCCUCCUCCUUCCACAGAAACACCCCCUCCAGAGACCACUCCAUGUGAGACGGAAACAGAGACGCCUCCACCAGAGACCGAAACUCCUCCUCCAGAGACCACUCCAUGCGAGACAGAGACGCCUCCUCCUUCCACAGAAACACCCCCUCCAGAGACCACUCCAUGUGAGACGGAAACAGAGACUCCUCCUCCUUCGACCGAAACUCCUCCACCUGAGACUACCCCAUGUGAGACGGAAACGGAGACGCCUCCCCCAGAGACCGAAACUCCUCCGGAGGAAACUCCGGCCCCGGCUCCCCCGAGUACCAGCUCCUGGACCACAUCUACAUCUGUCACGAUUCCUCCUGAUGAGACAACCACUUCGAUUCCCACCGGAACAUCACCUGAGCAGCCUACUUCAACUGGCACAACCCCAGCUGCUCCGGUCUUUACUGGUGCCGCUAGUGUGGACCGUUUUGGCUCCCCUCUCGCUGGUGUGAUGGCCAUUGCUGCAAUUGUUCUUGCUUUCUGAUGAAUUGAUAAUAAUUGGGGGAAAUAAUGACAUUAGGGUUAAGUUACGUUCAUGGUUUAUCAUUAAUUUAUGUAAUGUGCUAUGUUUAGUAGCUAGUCUAGUAUAGAGCCUUCCCAGGCUCGUUUGAACUUAAUUACUUUCUUUUA